CAUGCACCGGUCUUCAUGGCCACCUCCCUGGACUGCCGGUUUGGCAUUAACCCAUUCACUGUCGUGGUCAUCAACACAAAAGGUGGUCAGGAUUACAUAUAUGAAGCAAAUAAUAAUUCUUCUUCGGGUUCCACAGCAGAUCCUUUGAAGGAAGGCUGUGGGCGAUGUAUGUCCCCGUUAGAAGACGCAAUGACGGAGACACAACACCUAUUCAAGAUGGCGGCUCUUUGUGUCAUGGAUUUCCGUCUGUCCUGCUACAAUUCCUUUACACAGCUGAAGUCUCACCCUGGGCUGAAGAAGAUCUUGGCGAUAACCGCUGUCGGCACGAUAACUCUCAUUUUCCUGGCCCGUCACUUUAGAAGACGACGAGGGGGGAAGAAGAAAAACAAAAUUCCCUCCUGGGAUUCCGGCCACCUCCUGCUAGACAGCACUAGAAACGCGGCUUCGGAGAAAGGCUCCAGCUGCUCCAGUAGCCGGCAGAACUUAACGCUGUCGCUGAACAUGGUGAAGGAGAAGGAGUCCCAGGCGCUGCACUUAAACGGAGGAUUGUACAGUAACUAUUCAGGAUCUGCGCAGAGUUUGGCGUCGGUACGAAGUAUCAACUCCUGUCACGGCUGCACCUGUAUCACUUCCAAUCCCUGGGAUAAAGCUGAGGAAGAGGAUAUGAAGAUUGUAAACAUCCCAGUUACGACUCCAGAAAAUCUCUACCUAAUGGGAAUGGAGUUGUUUGAAGAAGCCUUGCGCCGGUGGGAGCAAGCGCUCACGUUCCGGAAUAGGCAGGCUGAAGAUGAGGCCAACUGCAGCUCCAUCCGGCUGGGAGCAGGUGACGCAAUCGCGGAAGAAAACGUGGAGGAUAUUAUGAGUGCUGAAUUCAUCCACAAACUGGAAGCCUUACUACAACGGGCUUACCGCCUGCAGGAGGAGUUCGAGGCCUCGCUCGGAGCGUCCGAUCCCGCAUCCCAGGCUAACGACAUUGAUAAAGACACAGACGUCACGGUGAUGGACAAUGGAGGCGAUCUCGGAAUGAGAGACACGAUAAGCGUCGCUUCAACCGACUCCUUCAUCUCUGUGUCAGAGCUCACAGAUCAGCGGGAGAUCAGGGGAGCCGGCGGCCUGCAGUCCCUCUGCCACUGUCCUCUAUAUGAAGAGGCCAUGCAGCUAGCCGAGGAGGGGAAGAUCUACUGCCGGGCGCUCAGGACCGACUUGCUGGAGUGCGGAGGGGACAGCGACUUCCUGGCUAAACUUCACUGCAUCCGUCAGGCGUUCCAGGUGAUUAUUUCCAACACCGACAACAGGAUGUUUUUUAUGGAGACUGGUAGAAGAAUGUUCUCAUGUCUGAUCACCCGAGGCAGAAAGAAUCUGAAGAAGUUUGAAGAAACGUAUGAUGAGAUGAUGUGUUUUCUGGAGAAGACGGAGACCUGGACAAACACCGAAAUGGAACUGUCCAGCAGAGGGGUGAAGAUCAUGAACUUUUACGAUAUCGUCUUGGAUUUCAUUGUGAUGGAUUCUUUAGAGGAUCUAGAAAAUCCACCUCUGUCCAUACAGAAUGUGGUGAAGAACCGCUGGUUAAACUCCUCCUUCAAGGAAACGGCGGUAAUGUCCAGCUGUUGGUCGGUGCUCAAGCAGAAGAAGCAACAGAUGAUGCUGCCGGAUGGAUUUUUUGCACAUUUCUACGCUGUCUGCGAGCAGAUUAGUCCGGUUCUGGCCUGGGGGCUGCUGGGACCCAAGAACCCACUACACGAUCUGUGCUGCUUCUAUAAGCCUGACGGGAAGAUGCUCUGCUGCUCACAUAUGUGGUCACGCAUGAUGUCCACCAUCUCCAUUAUCCAGUUAUCCCGCGAAGAGUCAUCUACAUAGAAAAGAGGCAGCCAGUUAUUGAGCUGAACCCUUAUUUACAAGAGGCCUUCAAUGCACUAGGGUCAUUCUUUGGUGUUGGGGGCUUUCAGUUGUUCCUAAUUUACUUACACUAUAGGGCACCCCUGAAAUUUAGGCUACAUCCCCUUAAUAAUGUGCCUGAAGCAGAGAUGGACAAGUCCCAAGUGAUAUGUAGCCAAUACACCUAGAAAAUGACUGUUGACGCAGACUUACCGUCCAACGUGACGCGUUUCAUCAGGGAUAGAACUCCCUGCUCCUGAGCAUCCCACGGUAUUUAUCAUUGUGCUGCUGUCCAUGGGUGCGUGCUUCCACUUCUUAAAUGACACUACCCAAAUCCUACAUUAUAUUGUCCUCCCCUGGCCUAAGGAACGCGCUGGUUCUUCUAAGUGGAUUAAUUUUCUGCUUUGUGAUAAAAAGCCCCUAAAAUAUGAAUGAACGUUUUAGUCUCAGAAUUGUUGCACUGGCGACUGGUUCACGUUUAGGGUUCAUUCACACGUAUCCUAUGCAAGGAUCCUCAUAAGUUUGUUCCCACCUUUCCCAAAUAGGUCUUGUCCUGUAACACUGUGUCAGGACGGUAUAUUAUUCUGGUAAAAGUCAAAAAAAGUGCACGCAUCCAAUUUUAUACAUUUGUCCCACUUUUCUAGUACAUGCACAAGCCCCGACUGUAAAUGAUCAUCUCAAACAAGGGUGAGUGUGUGGGAGGUAAUUAUAUUUUCUAGUGUCCAUCUUCUUUAUAACCUUUAUUUGCAAGUUUGUCUGUUUGUAUAAUUUAUUAGAAAAGUUAAUUUCUAAAUUUAUUGUUUUAUAUACAUUCUGAUAAUAUUUUAGUUGCAUCUGCGUAAAGUUGGCAUUGAACCUUGUAUGACAGUAAGAUCCAACCGCGGGGGAUCCAAGCUGGAUAGUCAUAAUAAUAAAGUUGGAUAUAUAAGUUGA